UUCGCAAGGGACGGAAUCUCUCAAGAAAGGCAGGAGCUGCAUAUCAAGGAUCCUGUCAAGUAUGGUCCCAAGCUUCGCAACACGCGCAUCGAUAAAUUUGCACCAGAUACGAAAACGAUGAAAAAGUCACCCUGGAACCGGGCACUUAUUCACCACUUCGCAGCUAAAGCAGGGGAAAUUGCUGCGCAAUGUAAAGAUGACCGGUUUGGACCAGAGGCUAUCGAUUGGGUAGAACUAUUCUCUGAUCGUUUCUACGAGAUCUUCAAGCUAGUUGUCAAAGCGCGGCGUCAGCCUGGAGAAACCCACGAAGCUCGCGUUUUGCGCCUGGUCGUUGCCGAUAAUGAACGCAAGACACGAAAUGCAAAAGUCAGCCUUCGGCAUGCAGUAGGUGUAUCUUUCCUAUUUUGGCCAACGAAUGCUAAAUUCUGUGUCUGUUAG